AUGGACUUUCCCCAANACACAUCAGAAACAAACGAGUACGCAGCUCUCAAAGCCUUCCUCAACGAUGAAUCCUCAGUCGAAGAGACGGUCAACAACUUCAUUUCCAACUCCGACUCGUCAUCCGCAGAAGACAAACUCCUACGUUCAUGGGACGCGCUAGGUCUUACCGCCUCAGAAACACCAUCCGGUUCGUCCAAACAGGAGAAACUCGUCUCUUUCCUUACCGCUAUUCGCGACUGUGACACCAAGGUCGGCGAAGUAGAGGGCAAAUCAGUCUCUUGGUCAUCACUCCCACUCUUCGGUCGCCAGAUCCGCGAACACUGGAAUUAUGACGAGAGGGCUGCACAAGAUGAUGACAAAGUUGCUCAGAUGUGGGCGAAUGCGAAUGCCUUUGCUGCACGCGUUACAGCCACUGCAUCUGCAUUUGACAGCUCGGACNCCCUCGACUUUUCGAUAUACGCAAUUUGGGCAUUGAGAGCGGCGUUGGAAGACAAAGACGAUGUGCCUGAUGCCACGGUACGGGCAGCUGCAAUGUGGAUAUUGUAUGCUGGAGAGGUGUUGCGGAAACAGAGUAAAGACAAGAGAAGCUAUGAGGGCAAGGUCGCACAGGCAGGAAACAAAUACCCAAACAAAGAGUGGAAUGGGUUUGAGAUGGACAGAUGGAGGAGUUGGAACAAUCGCUUUGCGAACAUUAGUGAGGUCUCGCCGUAUCCUGAGAUCAAGGACAUUACGAAAAAGACAAAGAGACACAUGGGUGAUUUGGCGAACUGCUGA